CCGCGCUGCGCUGCAAGCAAUAAGAAUAGGAAAAACCGCAUUAAAAUCGCUGAAAAAGUGCACAAAUUGGCUUUAAAAUAUUGUUCAAAUACUAGUGUUACGUAUAUAAUAGAGAAGUUUCCGGAAUUCGAGCGCAGAACGGCAGAAAAAAGGCCCCGACAAAUACAGUAAGUAAGCAUAGUAAAAGUGGGAUUAAAUGGCCGCCACUACCACAACCACAACCACAACACUAGCAACAACAACCACCGGCAAUAGCAGCACCAUCAACAACAACAACAAUCACCACAGCAGCAGCAACAGCAGCAGCAGCAACAAUCACAUUUUAACGGUACACACCGUUCUGAACACUCCCACCAGCAUUGCAGUCGCUGCCGCAGCAGCCGGCGCGGCCGACGCCGCCACUGUUGCCAUCGCCAAGGACAUGUUGCAGCUGCACCAUGGGGCUGCAGCAGUGCUGAACAACAACAACAACAGCAGCAGCAGCGGCGCCGGCGGCAUCAACAACUCGGAACUGACGGCCGCCAGCAGCAACAAUAACAACAACAACUCAGCAAACCACCCACCUGCCACCACCUCCUCCUCCGUAUCCGCAUCCGUAGGGGGCUCGGCCACAACACCGCCGUAUGGGGAGCUGCGCUUCAACCAGGAAGUGCUGCCCAUCACUGAUACCGUCACCGUGAUCGGACGCAACUCCUCCACGUCGUUGGUGCAUUUCAAUGUGGCCGAGAACAACCUGGUCUCGCGGAAGCACUUCCAAGUGCUCUAUGACUUGGAGGUGCGCGCCUUCUUUGUGCAGUGCCUCAGCAAGAACGGCAUUUUCGUCGACGACUUUCUGCAGCGCCGCAAUGUGGAUCCAAUGAGGCUGCCGCCGCGAUGCUACUUUCGGUUCCCCAGCACGGAGAUUCGGAUAGAGUUUGAGAGCUACGUGGCCGCUCUGGCGAACGUUGUUCCUGACGCUGCCUCCUCUCCAGCCCUCGCCACGGUUGCGGCUACUCAUGCGGGAAACAACCACAAUGCCAUCGGGAGCACUGGAGCUCAUGUCAUCAUCACACCGCCGCCACGAGACGAUCUGCAGCAGCAGCAGCACCACCAUCACAGCCAACAGCAGCAGCAGCAGCAUCAGCCAGCGCAUCACCUGCUACAGCAGCAGCAGCAACAGCACCAGCAGCAGCCUUCGCUCCUUCCACUCCCACUCCCACACGCACCUCUCCACCCGCUUCACCAUUCAGCCCUUCAGCAGCAGCAGCAGAGGGGCGGCAACGUCGUUGUGGUGCCUCAAGCAGCGCCGGCUCAUCUGAUAAGCGCCGUCGACGGUACCGGCAUCUAUGCACCGCUCAAGAUAUCCAUACCCAAGAAGGAGCAGAAGAGCCCCUAUCUAUCACCAACUGGUACAAUUAGCGCCGCCAACAGCUGUCCGGCUAGUCCUCGUCAGGGUUUCCACCAGAAUCAGCCCAACAAUUACAACAAUUACAGUAACAAUAAUACGGUAACUAUAUGGGACCUUUAUGUGAAUAUUAUGUACUCAUUUGACUUUUCUGUUUCACAGCAGGAUCUGUUCCAGACUCCCUCCACAGCCAGCUAUAACCACAACGAGAAGCCGCCGUACAGCUACGCUCAGCUGAUUGUCCAAGCAAUAUCCGCCGCGCCAGACAAGCAGCUGACGCUCUCGGGCAUUUAUUCGUUCAUUGUCAAGCACUAUCCGUACUACCGCAAGGAAACGAACAAGGGCUGGCAGAAUUCCAUUCGUCAUAAUCUCAGUUUGAAUAGGUAUUUCAUCAAGGUGGCUCGCUCCCAAGACGAGCCAGGCAAGGGCUCAUUCUGGCGCAUCGAUCCGGACAGCGGGGCCAAGCUGAUUGAUCACAGCUACAAGAAGCGUCGCCAGCGCAGCAGCCAGGGCUUUCGUCCGCCCUAUGGCAUGCCCCGUUCGGCGCCCGUUUCCCCGAGUCACAUGGAUAACUCGCGCGAGAGCUCGCCGCUUCAAGAUAUCGUGCUGCAAUCAGCACCUGGAUCGCCAGGCAUGUCGAUGGAACAGCGCGCUGCUGAUGCCGAAAUCAUCUAUAAUUCUCAGAAUGCACACCAGCAACAGCAGCACCAACAACAACAGCAGCAGCAACAGCAGCAGCAGACGCUGUCCAAUAAUUCCAAUCAGUACAGCAGCGGCAGUCCGUACUAUGUAUCCAAUCAAAACUCCGGCGUUGCCGUGCAGCAGGCGCAUACAGAGGGAGGAGGGAAUGCAGGUGGUGUCGGAGCCCUGAUUGCGCUUAAGCGAAACCAUGUGACGGCCGGAGGACCCCACCCGACCACUGCCACGCUUCACCAUCAGCAGCAGGCGGCGGUGCAGCAACAGCAGCAGCAUCAAGAGAUUAUCUACGAGGAGUUGCCAACCGACUACAGUGGCCAUAUCGAGGCCAGCGAGGAGGAGUGCGUCACUACUGCCGAUGCCACCGUGGCCAAAAGACCCAAAUAUGUGUCCGAGGUGCUCUGAUGCGUGCGCAUUCAGAAGCAUAGGCAAAGCAAGGCAAAAUAGUAGGAGUAGUAAGAGCCGGCUGCGGACGGACGGACACCGAAACUCAGUAAAAAUCAGCAAGCAGAGCAGAGCGAAGCGGAGCGCACGUGAAGAGAAGAUUAGAAGCAAAACAAAAAGUAUCUCCAUCUUGUAUAUUGAAUUUGCCAAUCCAACAACCUAGAAACCUAGCAAAAAAAAACAAAAACCCAACAAAAUACCAAACCCGAACGCGAACGAAGAAGUUGUAUAAAUUGAUAUGGAAUAUUUGAUGAACGGCCAGCCAAUGCAAGAUUGUUUGUGUUCUGAAUGUUGGCCGUGCAUCCGUACAACGGCAUGCACAUUUUUCCAAAUUCGAGAUCCCCAAGCUACCACUUAACCUUACCUUACAACCCCCUAGAUCUGACGAAUUCAAUAUGCUCGAUGACGCUACUCUCUAAGUAAAAUAUUAGAUUAAGAUUUAAAGCGAAAGUAAAACAGCAAACAAACAAAAUUAUAUAGAAGUAUAUACGAUUGAUUAUGAUUAUGAUGUUUAAGAUGUUAUAGCUAUGUGACCGAAUUGUGCAAGGAGCGAUAAAGUAGGGGACAACCACGUGACAACCAACCAACCACACAAGUAACAAACAAAACAAAAAAGCAAACAGGCGAAUGAAUAUUAUUACCUAUCUACAUACCUUUACCUAUAUCGAUUUAAAAACAUUAAAAUACAAAGCAAAAACAUAAAA